AUCUCGGAGCUGGCGGGGCUGAGGGCGUACUCGGAUUCCCAGGUUGGAAGAUUAUCUCACUCCAAAGAAGUUCUUCCAGCAAUAUAUAAGCUAAACUAGAUUGGUGUUAUCUCAGUAAAGCUGCCUUGGGUGGAGGAGGCAUCCAUCCUUAAAGGAGUACCACACACACACACACCAAGAGAUCACUAUCGUUCUUUGAUAAGCGGCAGCAACUAUGAUGAUGCUGAGAGUGGAAGAGCUGGUAGGUACAAAACUCACCUUUCAUAGUAACUGCUGUGUUAAGGUUUGAACUGCGUCCAGUUUAAUUGUGCCCUGGAUAUUACAUUCUUCUGCAAACUGUCUCUUAUUAAUGUGAUGAUUUAUACCACUGCGAGAAGCUUGGCUGUUCUUUUGGUGGUAGUUUUAACCUGUGCCAUGCAUGAUGACUUGAGCAGAUUGUGCUGGGAUGUAAUUCUGAAGGCGGCCCUGUUUAGGGAGGCUUUUAAAAUUUGAUGUAGUACAGUAUUUUAAUAUUUUUUUGGAAGCCGCCCAGGGUGGCUGGGGAAGCCCAGCCAGAUGGGCGGGGUAUAAAUAAUAAAUUAUUAUUAUUAUUUUGUCCAGCUGAGUUUGUGUGGUGGUUAAGAGCAGGAGCUAAGAGCUGAAAAUCCACCCAAUUCAAAUCUCAGCACAGCUGUGGGCUUGCCUGGUGGCUUCAAGCAGGCUGGUAUCGCAUAGUCCCAAGCCUUUAUUGCAUUAUAUCACGAGGUAAAUAAUGUUGGCCUACCUUACAAAGUUGUUGUAACGAUGACUGAAAUGACGUGUGAGAUGCCUUAACAACACAGGGGAAGCAUUAAUGAAAUACUAAGCAUCUUUGCUGAAGAAAAUGGUCUAACUUUAGGGUAGUCCCAGAGUGUAUAAAUCGGAUUAUGUGCUGUAAAAAUUAUGUAAGAAAAACGGAGCUGGUUCUACCUUUGGAGAUACAAUGGACUCUUAAAGAAAAAAACAAAGGAAGGAAGGAAUAUCUGCUUAUUUUUUUGCCAUCUUUUGAUCCAAUGGGACCUUCAAGGUGGUUCAAAACAAACUAUAACUAUUAUCUGUGCUGGGAACAGGGAUGGAUUACAGCUCCUAAUCUCAUAAAUUACAUGUGAUUCAACUCUUGCCAGCUGCGUCCAAAUUAACAUCUAGGCAAAGAAACUCGUGAGCAUGUUUCCAGCUAUGUUUGAGCUGUGCCAAGCACGCAAGCUGGAUUCAGAAGUAAUUGGGAACAAUUCCGGGCAGGAUAAUAAAGAGCCAAAAGGAGUUGAGUGGCUUAAUAGGCCUCUUCUCACCUCUGAUGUUCAUAACUGCUAUUGAUGACAGAUCCCUUGAUCCCUUGUUGUACUGGUUGGGGCUGAUGGAAAUUGUCAUACACAACCUCUGGAGUUCAGAGUUCCAGAAGUACAAUGAUAAUUCUCUAUGAGGUGACUGCAUAGUAGGUGAUAAUGUUUAGGUCCAGAACAUCGGAAGGGUACCAGAUUGGCUAGCCCUACUUUAGACUUAGCAACCCAAUGCACCCCUGGCCCACAGCACCCAAAUCUCCUUUUGCCUGCCCAUUUCCUUCAUCUGUCGAGUUCACAGACCCUCCUACCCCUAAGCCCAAAUAUGUGGCUUUACCCCAGUUUUACUUUCCCCUGGAUUUCUCCAUUCUCCCGCCUGCAAGCCUGCAAUGCCCAUCCCAUCCUCAAGUCUUUAUUUUUCAGACCACUGUCUUGUUGGGCCACUUGCUUCAGUAACCUUGUCUCUUGACGUCCUCCCUCUCAUUCCUGUAUUCCUGUCCCAAAUGGCAGAGAGCUCAUUGUAAGUGCUAUAAGCUAAAGAUAACCCAAGCUGCCUGCUUCAGCUACCUUAUUUCAUUCUUUUCUAGCCUGGUUGCUGGACUCCAGCUGUCACCAUCCUUGACCUUUGGCCAUGCUGGCUGAGGACGAUUAGAGUUGGAGUCCAGCAAGGUCUGGUGGGCACCAGGUUGGGGGUGGCUGACUUUUUUUCUCAGGCCCUUUCCCCAAGCCUCACCUUUUUUUCUUUCUGGUCCACUCCCUACUUUGCACCCUUUCUUCAACCUCCUCCUUGCCUCUGACCUUCAUGCUUCUUAUCUCCCCUGAAUACAUCUUUCCCUCCAUCAACAAACCUUAUAAAGCCGUCUCUGGGUCAUGCGAAAGGUGUUAAAUUGACAGCUUUCCUUUCCAGAUGCUGGGCUAGGCACAUUUCUACCUGUUCCCUGAGCAUUUGGAAUCAGAUGAACAAUGUUCAGUGCCAUGAUUUCAACUCGUCCAUUGCUUUCCGAAAAGGCACCCUGUCUUUGAGCCAUCAUUUUCACCUCCGUUUCCUCAGUAUUUCUCGAGGGCUGCUUGCCCUGUCCUCACGUGUUAGCUCUGCUUCUCAAUAUGUCAGAAAGCAAGGCGUUGACACUCUUGAACCAUUGUUCCUUUGACAGGUGACAGGCAAAAAGGCAGACGGUAGAGAGACAGGAGAUUUCCUCCCAGAGGACUUCAAAAAUGGAGAGUAUGAAGCUGCCGUAAGGUUAGAGAAACAAGAGGACCUGAAGACCCUCACGGACCACUCAGUGGCACGACACAAUCUGACCUACAAAGAAGAGAAAGCACUUGAAGCUGAGGUAAAAUUGUGUUUCUUGUGUAUCUUUUUGCACUUCUGGAACUCUGAAGUUUCGAAUUCCUGUGGUCUGCCCUCUAACUAAGAAGGGAGUUUAGAAAAAUAGGUCCUGAUAGAUGUACACUGGAAACCAGUAGAAAGAUUCCCAACCCCCAGGGUCUUGUUACAUUGCCAAUAUGUUAUUAACUGGGACUCAACAUAUCCUAAUUAUAACUAGAAAACCAGGAAUGAGAGGAAAUUAGAAGGGAUAGGCCACAACUCCCUAGGGAAUACACCUGUUUUACAUUUAAAAAGCCCACACUCUACAUAUUCAGUGUAUUCAGCUAAAAGUGUCACAAACUACAGGAUUGGGGAAAUGGUGUCUCUGAAAAUCUGGAAAAUGGCUACCAGUUAUGGCUGAAAGCCACGGAUUAGAGACAAACCAAGACAUUUUGGUAUUUGAAGCAAAAACUAAUCCCAAGUCUCCAGGCAGAUAUCUCUCCUCUUCACUGGAGAUGCUGGGGAUUAGGGAUGGACAAAUUUGUUAAUUUCAUUUUCUCAUUUCCCUACCUGCAUCAAUUUGUGAUUUAUAUAUUUUUUUUAAAUCUCAUAAAAAAUUAUCACUUUAAUGUAACUGUCUACUAUACAUAUACUUCCAUGCAGUUUUGCCUGCUAUACAUAUCCUCCCCACAACAGAAUGCAUUUUAUAUGUUAUUUUCAGGAAAAUAUGCAAAUUUUGUCUUAAUAUAUGAAUUACAAAAGAACUGCAGCGAAAAUUCAGAGAAGUACAAUUUUGUGAAGAUAGCUUGUGUUUUGGUUUGCACAUAGGCCAGUUUGCAUUAAAAUGUGAAUCAAAUUUCUCACCCAUCUCUGCUGAGACAAUUCACACUGAGGCUUUCUGCAUGCAACUAAUGUGUUAUCCCACCCCUCACAUGCCAAGGAUAUAUUGGGACAUCUGGGUGUUCCUCCUUAAAAACAUUUUUGCCUUCCGUUUAUAAGAUAAGGUCAUCUGCAAUUGUUUGGUUCAGUGCCAACAGAAUUAUGCCCAUCAUUUCAAGAAUGGCAACAUUAUUAAAAAUCUUCCUCAAUGAGAACAAAAUUUUAAGGUGGGCAAUAAAAAUAAGAUUCCACCAACCCUUCCUCAAAGAUAUAUGAAAAUAGGAAAGACAUUACUGGAAUUUAAAUCCACAGACUUUUCCUUUGAAGUAACAGAUUAUUGUGAGCUGGUGAUUUAGCAUUUUACAGCUUCCCUGGCGAUGGAUUAUUCAAAUGAAGAAUUACAUAACAGGGUUAAGUUUAAGGGGAUCCAAAUUCUACAUGGGUUUUAAAGGGUUUUGAAUCAACCGCCCCUUCCCCAGCCCAAGACACUUUUUGCAAUGAAGGUUCAACUUGAUACUUGAUCAAGAAUCAUUCCAAAAAGGAGAUACAGUGAAUCUGCCAGAGCAACAAUCAUUCUGCAUUUGGGGGAUAAAUUAUGUCACUCAUUAGCACCUUGUUCUGUGAAAAGCAAGUUGGGUUGUUACUCUACAUUAAAGAUGUAGCCUGCGCUUUAAAUAUAGGCUGACACGUAUUUAUAACUAGAAUAAAUUCUAAGGAACAUGUGACCCUGUGUUAUGUCUGGAUGGUUCCUUAAUCACUUAUCCGUCUCACAUUUAAAUAACUAGUAGCAUUUUUUCAGCAGAAUUUCAAGUGGUAUCUUUAAAUUUGAAUUGGAGUAUUGACAUUAGCGUAGUAUUAGUAGCUGAAGUAACGCCUUUUCUGAUUAUUUUAACUGUUGAAGGGGAUUCCAAGGAGAUUGUAUGUUGAAGCUAAUGUUAUUGUUCCUUAUAUUGCUCUAAUUUCUUGGCAGUCACUCACAAUGGCUACUUCCAGUGCCUUUUUCCUAGAGACGUGCCAGAACUCAGCAUGAACAGUUCCCUUGUUCUCUUAGAAUGGCAGUAGCGCCCACCUGAGAAGGGCUGGAACUGAGUUCCAUUGAGUUCUGGCAGGGAAAAAAAGCCCUGGCUAUUUCCACCAUUGGAGGUUGCAACUCUGAAUACCAGUUGCAGAGAUUCACAAAUGGGAGCAGGACAUUUGUGCUUGCCGGCUUUCCACAGGCAUCUGGUUGGCCACUGUGAUAACAGGAUGCUGGAGUGGAUAAAACAGUGGUCUGGUCCAGGAGGGAUCUUCUUAUGUUCUUAUUUGCUUUUGUUGUUGUUGUUGUUCAGAUCAAGAAAAAGAAAUUAGAGGCGAGACCAAAACUUGAGAGCUUGGAAGAUCUUGAAAAAAUCAUUCAGCUGAAGAAAAGGAAAAAAUUCAAGAAGGUUAAAGUGCCCGUUGUAAAGGAGCCUGAACAAGAAGUUAUAGUAAGUUCAGGGGCAAAAUAGUCUUCUUUGCUAUCUUUAUGGGGUUCCCCCACAAGGAACUGAACUAACUCUUAUUUCUGCUCUCCAUCAGACUGAACCCGUGGAUGUUCCAACAUUUUUAAAGGCGGCCUUGGAGAACAAGAUGCCAAUAAUUGAAAAAUACCUGGCAGACAAAGGAGAUCCAAACGUUUGUGAUGAGGUAUGAUUUGUUCAUCAAUUUCUGUCCCAAAUCUCCUAUAAGGCGCACAUCUUUGAUCUUAGCUUUAACAGUCAUGGCUUUCCCAAAGGAUUCUGGGAGUUGUAGUUUGAUGAGGGUAGAGAAGGUUCUCUCUUUAAAGAGCCUGAUCUCUCCCCAACCACUGCUGUUUCCAGAUCUCCGUAGGGAGAAUGAAUGCCUCUCAAACCAGUAUUUAGAGGUUUUUAUGUCCUCCUUAAAAAUUAUAUUUUAAGGUUAAAUUUAAAAACCACCACCACUCUGUCAGUGUUACCUUUUGAAGCAGAUACACUUUUCACGAUUAAAGUAUUCUGAACUCCCAACACAGGAGAGCAUUAUUUCUUUAAAUGGGCCUUCAAGCAAUAUCAAAAAUCUAUUUCCUUGUGCUUGUCGUGUUUUGUCUUCAUGAAUUUAUGCUGUUUAAAUUGUACAGCUAAGAGAGCCUACUGUUACUGAAGGUUGGCUUAUAAACUGACAAAACUAAACAAGUUAAGUACAUAAAUGCCGUACGGGGCUGUUGUUAACAAAAGACUGAAAUUAUGAUUUAUCUGGCAUUGUAUACAUAUCUGUACAUGACACCAUACAUGGUAAUGAAAGAGAAGGCCUUGCCUUCGGGAGCUUAAUUUAAACGAGGGGGAGGGAAGUUUAGCGAGGCGUGAGAAGGAAAUGAAAAACUUUACAUGUGCAUGUCUUGUUUUGGUAAGGGUGAGACGGGCGGGGUUAAUUUAUGUGUAAAGUGUUUUGAAUAUUCAACAUGCUAAGGGUUGUAUGAUUUAUUUCAAAGCCUUGCAGGUUAAAACUGACCACACUAUGACUAUUCCUUUUGACAGUACAAGCGCACAGCUUUGCACAGAGCAUGCUCAGAAGGGCACCUGGCAGUUGUGGAGAAGUUAGUAGAAGCAGGAGCCCACCUUGAAUUCCAGGAUAUGGUAAGUGUUCAUUGGACACACGCACAGUUCCUUGGGGUGGUUCACACAGACACACAUUCGCUACUCAUCCACUGUAACCAUCAAUAAGCCAUGCCUAGCCUGUUGCAGAUGGAACCACUACAGUGGUACCUCGGGUUACAGAUGCUUCAGGUUACAGACUCCACUAACCCAGAAAUAGUACCUUGGGUUAAGAACUUUGCUUCAGGAUGAGAACAGAAAUCACACAGCGGCAGCGCAGCGGGAGGCCCCAUUAGCUAAAGUGGUACCUCAGGUUAAGAACAGUUUCAGGUUAAGAACGGACCUCCAGAAUAAAUUAAGUUCUUAACCCGAGGUACCACUGUAUUACCUCCUGCUAUCUCAAACACAAGGCUUUUCUUUUCAAUAAAGUUUUUUAUUUUCCAAAGUAAUAAAACUUUUAUCAACAAUAACAGGGCACAAGUUUAGUGGCUAAGAAUCAUCAGGAUAUGAGUAAUUAGGUGCUGAAAACUCACAUCAUAUGUGAACCAGUUGACAAAUAUUUAUUAUUAUUUUCCUCUGGCGUAGCUUGAAUCCACAGCUAUUCAUUGGACCUGCCGUGGCGGCAACGUGGAAAUCCUGAAGUACUUGCUGAACAAAGGAAUAAACAGGAAUGCUAGAGAUAAGGUAAGCUAUUAUUAUUUCAGUUUGAAAAACUGAGGUGGGAAAAGUUAAAAGUGGAUUUGCGAGCUGUUUGUACAAGAGGACCUUUUAGAUCUGAGCUCGUUGUUUCUCACCUUAGAAUGCCUUGCCCUGCUUCUGUUGAUUAUGUCUCUCCCUGCCCUUCCUUUUCUACCAGUUGCUCAGCAGUCCUCUACACGUGGCUGUAAGGACAGGUCAGUACGAAUGCGGGGAGCACCUCAUCGCCUGUGAAGCAGAUCUCAAUGCCAAAGACAGGGUAAGCCAGGGGUCAGCAAACGUUAAUUCGUUCUGCGAGUUUUUUCGUCUUGCGAGUUUUUUCAUCUUGCGAUGCACAGUUUCCAUUUUUUCAAAAAAAUCUUCAAAAACCUCAAAAAAGGCUACCACACCGCGUGCUAUGAGUUGCUCCUCGAAGUCAAGGCCUUCUCGGUAGUGGCGCCCGCUCUGUGGAACGCCCUCCAAUCAGAUGCCAAACAGAUAAACAACUACCUGACCUUUAGAAGACAUCUGAAGGCAGCCCUGUAUUGGGACGUUUUCAACGCUUAAUGUUAUUUUAUGUUUCUAGAUAUGUUGGAAGCUGCCCAGAGUGGCUGAGGCAACCCAAUCAGAUGGGUGGGGUACAAAUAAUACAAUUAUUAUAAUACAGCACAAAUCACUUCUGUAGCAUGCUGGUCUGUUUUCAAGGAACGUGCAUUAUUGCAGGAAUUUGGUGACUGUAGCCCUAUUGUCUCCCAAAUCCACCAACCCCAGCGAGCAUAAGCAAUAGUGAGGGAUGGUGGAGGUGCAAUGACACCUGCAGUUUACGGGCUCCCCAUUGCUCAGUUAGUGUCUUUAGGGUAGCAAAAUAGCAGAUGAUUGUGAUCUCUAAAGGAAACUUCAGGGAGAGAAUAGCAAUAGUACUUAACAUUCCUUUGAACUACCCAUUUCAACUCAGCUUCACAACAGCACACUUAAAUAAUAAUCAUUAUCACUAUUGGGUGCAAGAUGAUGGUGUAAUUUAUUGAGUACUUUCACUAUUACGCAAGUAGAGCCUCAAAGCUCAUCAUAUUCAUUUUUGUCUCCUCUGUUCUAGGAAGGAGAUAGUCCUAUGCAUGACGCAGUGAGACUGAAUCGUUAUAAAAUGAUUCGACUCCUGAUCAUGUAUGGUGCCAACCUAAACAUGAAGAAUGCUGUAAGUAUUCCCUAACUCUUUGCUGUUUUCCUAAGUAAGCCAUGUUGAGUUUAUAAAGAAAAUCAGGGCACUAGUUACUAAAAUAAAAACACCAAAACGACCGCAGUAGGAUUGGAUUGCAUCUAACUUUUGCUAGUUUCCACGUUCGUAGAUUUUGCUGUCCACAUUCACUUUCUAGUCUUGAACACUUGUGCUAGCAAAUUGACCGGUUGUGAGGAAUAGGUGCAACUGGGCAAGAAAGAUGCACUUGUUGAAUGGAACUGGUGUCUGUGGGGGAUGCAUUCAUUGCCCAUGCACCACUCUCAAAGUUGUCAUGCACCCGGAAAGACAUUUUUUGAUGCAUUUGUCACUUCAAAGAGGCAUAAGCAGUCAUAAUUAAGAGAGCUUCCCACUACCACAUCUGCAGAUGGCUAAGUCACAGAAACAGAGAGCAAUGACGACAUUUCAAGGGGGUAAAUAUUAAUGCCGUUUUCCUAACUUUCCUUCAUAGGAGGGGAAAACUCCAAUGGAUCUUGUUCUGCAGUGGCAAAAUGGCACCAAAGAAAUAUUCAACAGCCUGAAGGAGAACUCUUACAAGAGCUCCCCUAUAGACACAUUCUGAAGACUCAAAACGUCAAUGGACUGGACAGUUUCCUUGCAAAAAGCAAAAUAUCACCAAUGUGAAGAGCAGGAGCAUUAUAAAUGCCGCCACCUUCACAGAAUACAAGCAUUUUGUCCUGCUGCCUUUGCUAAAGCCACAAGGAACCAAAAGAGGGUCCUGAAAUACUUCAAAGACAGUUUCGAGUGUUGAGAAGCCUCUGAUAUCAAGCUGGUUUAUUUAUUUCUAUUCCAUCAUUUCUCCCAUAGUGUUUCUUUUCCGAUAUUUUCAGUAAGUCAUGUUGGUACUGCUGUUCUAUAGAAAAAGACCAUCUUACUAAUGUGGUAAUCUGAACCAGUCAGGAGCAUUAAGCCCCUUUAAAAACCACACACAAGCCAACAGGCUUUCAGAGCCUAUUAGCAGUGUUUCCCAUUAAACCCUCUUUCGAUAGACAGUAUUUGUUAUUGUCACCCGGGUUCUGCUGAAUUGCUAUUGUCAGAGCAAGCUGUUAAAAAAGCAAAGAUCAGAGGGUUGGAGAAUAGUAGUGAGAAAAAGGGGAAAGCAAAGUGGAAUAAAAAAAAGGAAGGGCUCUGCUCUUCUGCGGAAGUUUUUAAUUCAGGCUACCUGAACUACACAAGAGGCAGCCAGCAUGGCACUGUCCUGGUGUUGUGGGAUUAAACCUCCCUACCAACCCCAUCGACUGGCCAUGCUGGCUGGGGCUGGUGGGAAUUGGGAGUCUAGGAACCUCUAGAGGUCGCCAUAUUGGCUACCUCUAAACUGCAGUGUUCAAGACAGGAAGUUGGGCAGACGAAGAGGACGGAAUCCAAAGAUGAAGAGGAAAAAUUGCUGUUACUGUCGAAGCUCGAUAUUGUAACAAAUGGUACUGUAUAUUUGUAUGGCUUUUUAUGUACAUUUUGUAUUAAACCCUAUUUAAACGUUUUAAAAGAAGCAACAGAACUGCUCGCUUUAAUCUACCUGAAUGUAUUAUUUCUUCAUCUGAUGAUGUUAUGAGGGAUAGAAGAUGCUGGAGGUAAGAGUCAUGGGGGAAAGGAAGUACACCUUCUUUGAACUCUGUGGUUUUACAUAUCAGGACAUAACAGCAAUCUGUUCCUUAGCAGCUCUUAAAAUUAGGUAAAUACAACCUCAGAUGAACAACAACACAUGUCAUAUUACACCAUGAUUUAUUCAACAAAAAUAAAGCCAAAAUGUCCUCAUGUAAAACUACAGAAUUCAAAGAGGGUGUACUUUCCUUCUCCCAUGUGUUUGUGUGUACACACAACAGACGUUUCAACCAAGAUGAAAAAUUGGAUACCAUCUUCUUCAAAUGUCACAUUUCUCAAUGACUUGAAGGGAACUAAGACAGCCCUAUCCCAAACCAUUCCUACUGUCUAGCUCAGGUCCAGAUUCUAUAGAAACUUACCACCAGACCACUUUAUAACCGAUAAAGCUCAAGUAGCAUCUUAGUUGAAUUAAAGGAGGAAAAGUCAGUGGCAAGAGGACGCACACACUUUGCAAAGUAAACAUUUCUGAAUGAUUUUUAGUUUACUCAGAGAUCAAAGCCAAGCCCAAUCAGUUCUGCCAAGGCAAGAGUUUCAGGCAGUGAUGCACGUCAGUUGCAAAAUAAAUAUGAAAUACUUUUGAAGCUGUAACAGCAACACCUGAAGCUACUUGGUAAUAAGCAAUCCUGACGGUAUUUGCUGGCAUUCCUGUUGAGUGUUUCAGGGCCACAGCCCACAAACAGCCAUUCCUUUAUCUUGUGAACCUCUCUGAGAUCUUCC